AUGUUCACUACGCCCAUGCUCGCGCCUGCGCUUGCGCUCAUGCUCACCGCCGACCCGGGCCGCGAUCCCGAAUCCGAGCUGCCGUCGCCGAGCUCGUGCACGCGCGCCGUCCAUGCCAGUGCGCCUUGGGCGGCGGCGGCGUAUCCCGCAGCCGCCGCUCUGGGCACAUAG